AUGAUCUUGCUGUUCUUGUCUCUAACGUUGGCAUUUACGGUGGAAGGCGCGCGUAUCCUGGCAGUAGUCCCAGGAUCAGCCAGGAGUCACCAUGUCAUCAUCCAGGCCAUCCUGAGGACACUGGCAGAGGCUGGCCAUGACGUCACCGUCUAUGGGGUUCACUCCCUGGAAGAUCCUCCUCCCAACUACACUGACGUCACACUGGGAAGUAGUGAGGGAAUACCCUACAAUGCGUCCAGAAACUGGAACUGCCUCGAAAACAUAUUCAGCCGCUACGACAAGUUGAUGGAAAGAACCUUUGGAAACUCAGGAAUCAUUAAACUCCUCAAGUCUGAUGAAAUAUUCGACUUGGUCAUCACAGAACCCUACCAAGGCCAAGAGUUUAACCUGAUCUUUGGCCACAAGUUCCAAGCUCCGACCAUCGGGAUCCACACCUACUCUGCCAACAGCUUGGUGAACCUAAACAUGGGGAACGUGUUCUCUGUGUCUCACAUUCCUCAGAUGUGCUACGCCCACUCGGACCGUAUGAGUUACUGGGAGAGGUUCACGAACCUCGUGGCUCUUGUCGGAGGGAUCUACUCGUACUACGUCCACCACUUGCCCAAUGUAGAGAGGAGGAUGAAAGAGUUGUUCCCCGACGCGCCUCCCUUGCAGGAGUUGGUCAGUGAUGUGUCUUUGAUGUUCGUCAACGAGCACCAAACCUUGGACUACGCUCAGCCUAGACCAAUGACGAUUGUUCCUGUGGCUGGGAUACAUAUUGACCCUGUGAAACCGUUACCACAGGUAAUGCAGUGUUAUUAG